AUGUACGUCGGGUCUAACGCUGCUCUCCUUUUCCUUUUCAGCGAACAGAGCAUUUGUCAGGCGCGGGCGUCCGUCAUGAUCUACGAUGACACCAGCAAGAAGUGGGUGCCUAUCAAACCUGGGCAGCAGGGGUUCAGCCGAAUCAACAUCUACCACAACACUGCCAACAACACCUUCCGAGUAGUCGGAGUCAAGCUUCAAGAUCAACAAGUAGUCAUAAACUAUUCACUUGUGAAAGGCCUGAAAUACAACCAGGCCACGCCAACCUUUCACCAAUGGAGAGACGCCCGCCAGGUGUACGGCCUCAACUUCGCCAGCAAGGAAGAGGCUACCGCGUUCUCCAACGCCAUGCUGUUCGCCCUCAAUAUCAUGAAUUCUCAAGACGGAGAGUCCAGAUGUAGCGUAAAGGCUUUGACACACUGCACGCGAAGCAGCGUGAAGCGGCGGCGCGCAGCCUUCGCGAGCAGUGUGUCAUGUAAUUUUCUCCUCGGCACGUCGGCUUGCGAGAGCCCGCAUAGCUGA